GAGGUGAAUAUAAUAGUGCGUGGAUUACACAGGACAUCGCCAACAUGGAUGAUCAAGGAUGUCCACGGUGCAAAACCACCAAAUACCGCAAUCCUUCGUUGAAGUUGAUGGUGAAUGUUUGCGGGCACACUUUGUGCGAAAGUUGCGUGGAACUGCUGUUCCUCAAGGGAUCCGGAUCCUGCCCGGAGUGUAAUGUUGCGCUGCGGCGGAGCAACUUCCGCGUUCAGUUGUUCGAGGACUCCAAUGUGGACAAGGAGGUGCAGAUCCGGAAGCGGAUUUUGAAGGAUUUCAACAAAAAAGAGGACGAUUUCGCUACCCUGGGGGAAUACAACGAUUACCUGGAGUUGAUUGAAGAGCUGGUGUUCAAUCUGUGCAACAACAUCGACAUUAUUAACACGAACAAACGUAUUGAACAGUACAAGAAGGAAAAUCGGGACACAAUCCUGAAAAAUAAGACCAAAUUGAGCAAAGACGAGCUGGAACUGGAACAGCUGAUCGAGAUCGAAAAGGAGCAAACGGACCAGCGGAAGAAGGAAUUAGCCAUGAUCGAAGCCGAGAAUCGAAAGCAGAAAGCCAAGAACAAGGAAGACCUAAUCGAUUCUCUGAUGGAGAGCUACGAAGAUGCCAGUGCGAUUGUAGAUAAAUUUGCCCAUCGGGCCGAACAACAGCAGAUUCCACUGCCAAAGCCGAUGGCCCCUCCGGCACCGAAGCAGACACACUUCUCCACCGGUAUCAAGUUCCAGUCGCAGCACGGAUUUCUUCCGGUGCCGAAGAUCGAAGAAGGCCCAACUUACGUGUACGAGGCGCAGAUUUAUCCCAAGGAAGGCCCCGCACAGCCGACGUUGGCCGAUAUCGAUACCAAGGGGUACAUCAAACACAUACGGUCCGAAACGCAAGCCGAACGAGCGGGUGGAUUCAGGACCAACAUUUCCUGUCUGCGGGCGAUUCAGGAAGCUCUGGUUGGGCUUUAUCACGGGUGCUAAUGUUAAAGUUACUCUUCUUACUUAUAAUAUAGGAUAACAGGUAUAGUUAAA